AUUAUCCAUGCACAUUGUUUUGACGAUGAAUUUUUAAAGUAGAUCAGUUAAUUGUGUGUUUACUAUAACGGUGGUCUUGAAGUCUCAUAUAUAUAUAUGCCCAUUCCUUCUUGUCAUCUUUAAUCUACACUUUAAGUUUUAUUGGGUAUUUUUCAUAGUAAAAGUUAUGUGAGAAUUUCACGUGGAGCUCUUCUCAUGUGACCAUACUUGCAGAUGGUAGAAGCAUAUGGAUGUGUAAUACAAGUUCGUGGGUAGAAGCUGACUGGAAAAUAUAUUCUUUAGAUAUCAUGAUAAGCAAUGUGUGUCAGCAUAUGUUUUGCAGCUCUAGUCGCAGCUGUUUUGUGGCACAUGGUAUACAGAGUCCAGGAAAGGGGUUAAUUGUUAAGACUAUAUUUAGUACCUUGUUUUUUUAAAAUUAAUAUAAAUUAUGGAACUAAAAGAGAGGAGAAAAAAAAAUGGAUGAAGUUAUCGCCCCUUUCCCUUUUCUUGUUUGCCUGAUAGAGCUGUGGAUCUAACUUAUACAGUGUACGUGUUUCUUAAAGAUGUUUGAGUGGGAAUCUGGCAGAGGAAUGAGUACAUCUGGAGAUGGAGCUUCUUCCAAACAGCCAGUUGUUUACAUCAGUCGCUCAGAAGUGUUCAGCGCUAGCCACAGACUGCACAGCCAUCAACUCAGUGAUGAGGAGAACAGAAAGCUUUAUGACAAGUGCAAUAACCCUAAUGGGCAUGGGCACAAUUAUAAAGUUGAGGUGGUUGUGCGUGGACCAGUUGAUCCUGUGACAGGAAUGGUAAUCAAUCUGAGUGACUUGAAAAAAUACAUUGAUGAAUCAGUUAUGUCUGUACUGGAUCACAAGAAUAUUGACAAGGAUGUUCCAUACUUCAAGGAUGUUGUCAGCACAACUGAAAACAUUGCAGUGUUCAUCUGGAACAAUCUAGUCAAGCACAUACCUGAAGGACUCCUUUAUGAAGUCAAAGUUUACGAGACAGAUAAAAAGCGUCAUGUUUUAUCGAGGGGAGCAAGUGUAAUUGUGGUCAGAUGUUAGUUAAAAAUGUGUUCUGUCAAGCUAAAAUGAUAUGCUACUUCAAUGUGGGCAUCAGAUUUCCUGUAAAAGAAAAUUAGAUCAUGCUUUAAAAUAUUUCUGCUUUUGGAUGAGUCGCAUUGAACUGAAAAAUAAAGGACUAUAUGCUGCUACA